CACAGUGUACGUAGCUCUGUAAACAUGGCGGAAGCUCAGAGGCGUCAGCGCGGGGAGGAAGAAAAGCGCUGCGUUUAGAAUGAAGCAAUGUGAGCCAAGGAGCGAAACGGCUGGUAUGGCGGACCAAACGUUAACGGUACUCUUCAAACUUUUAGCUGCGGCCUUUUAUGGAAUCAGCUCUUUCCUUAUAGUUGUUGUGAACAAGAGCGUCCUGACCAAUUACAGGUUCCCCUCUUCGAUAUGUGUUGGAAUUGGUCAGAUGCUGGCAACAGUUGUUGUGUUACGGGUGGGAAAGGCCCUCCGGGUGAUCACCUUCCCAGAAUUUGAUGGUAGCAUACCUAGAAAGACAUUUCCGCUACCUCUUCUAUAUGUUGGAAAUCAAAUAACAGGACUCUUUGGGACAAAAAGACUUAACCUGCCAAUGUUUACAGUAUUGAGGAGGUUUUCUAUUCUCUUUACAAUGCUGGCGGAGGGUUUCUUGUUAAAGAAGAAAUUCUCCCGGCCAGUUCAGCUGACAGUAUUUACUAUGAUUCUAGGGGCCUUUGUAGCUGCAAGUGCUGACUUGGCUUUUGACCUGCACGGGUACAUGUUCAUUUUAAUGAACGAUGUCUUAACUGCUGCCAAUGGAGCUUUUGUGAAACAGAAGCUUGACUCUAAGGAGCUGGGAAAGUAUGGCCUGCUCUAUUACAAUGCUUUAUUUAUGAUUCUUCCAACACUGCUAUUAGCACAUGUCACAGGAGAUAUGGAUAAGGCUUUUGAAUAUGAAGGCUGGUCAGAUGUGCUUUUUAUAAGUCAAUUCGUUCUCUCUUGUAUAAUGGGGUUCGUUUUAAUGUACUCCACCGUACUUUGCACUCAGUAUAAUUCUGCGCUAACUACUACCAUCGUCGGCUGCCUAAAAAAUAUAUUAGUGACAUAUAUUGGAAUGGUGUUUGGAGGAGAUUACAUUUUCUCAUGGACUAACUUCAUUGGUCUGAACAUCAGUAUUGCUGGCAGUCUGGUGUAUUCCUACAUUACCUUCACAGAGGAGCAGACCACCAAACAGAGCGAGAAUGCCAACAAACUAGAGGUCAAAGGGAAAGUGUCUGUAUGACCAGUGGUUGAUGUUCGUUUAUAAUGCACAAGGCUGUAUCUAUGAGUUCUUGUAUUUCUUGCAAGAGUAAGAAGUCACUCCUAAGAUGUGUUUUUUAAAAAAAAAUUUAUUAUAUGAAGAAGAUAUUGACUGUAAAAGGUACAGCAGAUGCUGGCAGGACAUCGUCUCAAAUAAAAGAUUCGGUCAAGUUUUAAACAUA